AUGGAAGGAACUAGUGAUAAUCUUUUAAAUAAUAUUCAAGGAAUUUUACCAUUUUUUGGAGAAUAUGGAAAUACACAAAAUGAUAAAAUUACUUUUGAUGAGUUAGCUUCAUCAAUAAAUAAAAGUAUCAAUCCAUGCCAUGAUUUUUAUGAUUAUGUUUGUAGUGGUUGGAUUAAUAAUCAUAAAAUUCCUGAUUAUGAAUUAGCAUAUACCAGAUUUAGUGAUAUUAAUUAUAAAGUAAGACAACAACUUAUUGAUAUUAUGCAAGAUUCAUCUAACAUUAAUAAUGGAAUUGGUCAAAUGAUGACUACAUUUUAUAAUAAAUGUUUAGAUCCUAAUGAAAAAAAUAGAUAUGGAACAAGUUAUGUUAUGUAUAAACUUCAAGAAAUAAAAAGUAGAAAAUUUCAAUAUUUAACUGAUUUUAUGAUUUAUGUUUUUCCAAAAACAACAUUUUUUAGUAUUUCAGCAAUUUCUGAUCCAUUUAAUAGUUCAAUAAAUUCAAUUUCUAUAAGUAGAACUUUUCCAACUCUUCAUUUUAGUUAUUUUAUUAAUGAAGAAAAUAAUAAUUUAUUAACAGAAUAUAGAAAUUAUUUAACAAAAGUUUUAGAAUUACUUGUUGAAAGUGAUCGAUUUAGAACAAUUUUCAAAGAAGGUCCUAAUGAAAUUAAAAGAAGAGUUGAUUCAUAUUUAAUGCUACAAAAAGAAUUAGCAAUUAUAAGUAAUUUAACAUUAGAUGAUAAUCAUCUAGAUGACUUUUCUAAAAUAAUUGAUAAAGUAACAUUAAAUGAAUUACAAUCUACACUUCCAUCAGUUAAUUGGCAAAGAUUUUUUGAAAAUAUUUUACCUCAAGAUGUAUUAAGUAAAAUGGAUAUAUCAAAUAUUCCAAUAUAUAUUUAUCAAAAAAAUGCUCUUCAAAUGGUUGAUAAAUUUCUUCAUAAAAUAAGUAGAAAUACUAUGAAUGAUUUAUUAGAUUGGGUAAUAAUUUUUAGUUAUCAUUAUACAUUAGAUAAAAGAUUUGAUGAAUUAGAUUUACAAUUUGAUUCUGUUUAUCUAGGAAUUAAAAAAAAAGAACCAGAAAUGUUAAGAUGCCUUCAAUCAUCUCUUGAUAUAUUUAGUGAUUACGUUGACCUUUUAUAUGUUAAAAAAUAUUUUAAUGAAAAUACAAAAAUUGAGGUUGAAAAAUUGGUAAAAAAUAUUCUUUCAGUAGUAACGGAAACAUUAAUUACAUCUGAUUGGAUGGAUGAAGAAACAAAAAAGAAUGCAUUAAAAAAAGUUGAAAAAAUGAUUAUUAAUGUUGGAUAUAGUAAUGUAAUAUUUAAUACAACAAAAUUAGAAGAAAAUUUUUCUACUUUAUAUUUUAAUAAUGAAAAUAUGUUACCAGAUAUUUAUGAUAGAGUUAAAAAGUGGAAAAGUUUAUUAAAUUUUAAACAAUUAACCGAAAUUAAUCAAAGAAAUUCUAAUUUAGUUCCUAGUUAUAUUACUGAUGCUUAUUAUAUGCCUUCUGAAAAUUUGAUUGGUAUUUUGGCUGGUGUCCUUCAAAGUGGUAUUUAUGAUUCUAAAUUUCCAAUACCAUUAAAUUAUGGUGGUAUUGGUGCUAUUGUAGGUCAUGAAAUAACUCAUGGUUUUGAUGAUACCGGUUCACAAUAUGAUGAAGUAGGAAAUUUUAAAAAUUGGUGGGACAAAAGUAGUAAGGAAAAAUUUUUAGAAAAAAAAAAUUGUUUUAUUAAGAUGUAUAAUGAUGUUUACAUUGAGGAACUUGGUGAACAUUUAGAUGGUUUUAAUACACAGGGAGAAAAUGUUGCUGAUGAUGGUGGUAUUCGUAUUGCUUUUAAAACUAUGAAAAAAGUUCUUCAAUCAGAGAAUUAUCAAAACAAAAAAACAAUUGAAGGCCUUGAAGAGUAUAAUGAUGAUCAACUGUUUUUUUUGAAUUAUGCUUUUAAUUGGUGCAGUGUAGAAACUAAAGAAUCAUUAAGAUAUCGAUGGAAAGAAGAUGUACAUACUAUUCCUAAGUAUCGAGUUAAUGUUUUAUUAAGAAAUAAUGAAGAUUUUAUAAAAGCUUUUAAUUGCCGUAAACCGGAUUACAUGGUUGGUGAUAAAGUUUGUAGAAUAUUUUGA